CCUAAAUUGGGACAUUUUCUCCUUGAAAAUGCCAAGAGCCAUCAGCGGGGGGGGGGAUACAGAAUUGCAGCCGCCUUUUGGGCUCCAGCGUCGCUUCGUCGCUUUCCCAGGAGACAGUGGGUGCUGCGGGGGAAUAAAAUGGGCUUUUUUUGGUUAUUCCUCCAUUAUAUGGAUUAUAUUUUUUAUCUCACGGGCUGGCAUCCCGCCUUAAAUCCCCUUUAUCGACCAGGAUGGGGUCAGCAUCCCCCCCCCCGACGCCCCCCGAGCAGCUCCUUAACCCGGAGGCCUCUCCCUCCCUAUAAAUAUCUUGAUUUUCUUCCUUUUUUCUUAUCAUUCCCACCCUCUCCUUCUCCGGGUGCUGAAAUAAUCCCACAUCCCAUUAUUUGACGCCUCCGAUACCUCGAUAUCCUGGGAGGUUUUGGCAGGAUCAUUUUUGGCUCAUUUAUUUUUGGUUGGUUUUUUUGUUGUUUUUUUUUUUUUUUUAAAUGGGCAACUUAUUUCAACCGGUUUUUCCCCAAAAAGUGUGGUUGAAGCAGGAAAAUAUGAGGAAAUCCAAGUUGCUCGGUCCUGGAACCCCUUGAUCCACGUGGGAUUUUUUCCAGAGGGAGCACAAAAUCCCGGAGGAUGAUGAAAUGCGCAGGAUUCUUGGCUGGUAAUUAAUUAAUUAUUGGGAAUAUCUGGAAAAUCAAAGCGGGAAUUGCUCUUUGGGGUCUCCGCCUGGACACGCGCUGGGAUGGGGGGAGCAGCCUGGCAGCGUCCCCCCGCCGCCCCCCCAUGGAUCUGGGAUCAUCGGGAGCGACGCCGGAGUCGUGGGAGGCGACAUGGACCUCGUUAGUGGGAGCCGGGAAACUAACCUCGUUAAUGGGAGCUGGGAAACGAACCUCAUUAGUGGGAGCUGGACCGGUGAAUCCCUCGGCGUCACCAACGGAGCUUUGGGGACCACGGAGCAUCGUCCUUCUGGGAUGUUCCUGCUUUUCCUCCUCUCCCAAAAACCCACGAACCAGGAAUGUGGGGGCAUUAAUUACACAUGAUGAGCUCGUUAAUUGGUCUUGGAAGAGCUUGGAGGUGACUCCCAUUCCCCAUCGGAUCUUGGAGCGCAGCGGCCGGACCGGCUCUGCCUUGGGGAAGCUCUUGGCAUCCGGGAUCCCGGGAAUCUCAUCUUUUCCCCGAAACCUCUCCCCGCUCCCAAAGGCCAUUCCGACGUGGAAAAUAUCAACCUUUUGAGCUGAGCUCCGUUUUGGGGCGGAAAGAAGAGGAAUUGGGGUCGCUUGGCCCCGUCUCGUAGUAUUUUGAGCCCGUGGUGAGCCCCGGUGGCCACCUCUCCAUGCGAACCAGGGCCAAAUGGAGGCGGUGGCCAGCGGUGGGCUGAAGAGGAAGUGUGAGGAUGCAGAGGUGGGCUCGGCCGGCUCCACCUCGGACGACGAGGUCUCCAACAGCGACAGCGCCGACAGCUGCGACAGCGUCAACCCCGCCAGCUCCACCGGCUUCAUCCCCACCUCCAUCCUGAAGCGGCAGAAGCAGCUUCGGCGAAAGAAUGUCCGUUUCGACCAAGUGACCGUCUACUACUUCGCCCGGCGCCAGGGCUUCACCAGUGUCCCCAGCCAAGGGGGCAGCUCCCUGGGCAUGGCACAACGCCACAACUCCGUCCGUCGCUACACCCUCUGCGAGUUCGCCCAGGAGCAGGAGGUCAACCACCGGGAGAUCCUCCGGGAGCACCUCAAGGAGGAGAAACUCCACGCCAAGAAAAUGAAGUUGACCAAGAACGGCACGGUGGAGUCAGAGGAGGCAGAGGGCCUGACGCUGGAGGAUGUCUCGGACGACGACAUUGACGUGGAGAACGUGGAGGUGGACGACUACUUCUUCCUGCAGCCCCUGCCCACCAAGAGGCGGCGGGCGCUGCUGAGAGCCUCCGGCGUCCACCGCAUCGACGCCGAGGAGAAGCAGGAGCUGAGGGCCAUCCGCCUCUCCCGGGAGGAGUGCGGUUGCGACUGUCGUCUCUACUGCGACCCCGAGGCCUGCGCCUGCAGCCAGGCGGGCAUUAAAUGCCAGGUGGAUCGCAUGUCCUUCCCCUGCGGCUGCUCCCGUGACGGCUGCGGGAACAUGGCCGGGCGCAUCGAAUUCAACCCCAUCCGGGUGCGGACUCAUUAUCUCCACACCAUCAUGAAGCUGGAGCUGGAGAACAAACGACAAGGUGGGGGGCGACCACCGGCACCGGAGGAGGACACGGCCACCACCGUGACCACCACCACCAUGACCACCACCACCAACAACGCUGCUGGGACCACCAUGACGGGCUCCACCAGCCCCUGGUUGUCUCCUCAACCCUCGGAGACUCAGGACUUCCAAGAAUUCAUGGCGGAGAACGAGACGGCCGUCCUCCACCUCCAAACGGCCGAGGAGCUGGAGAGGCUGAAGGCCGAGGAAGACUCCGGCGACGGCCUCCCCCCACCCCGUCACCAACCUCCUCCUCCUCCUCCUCCUCAUCAUCCUGGGGUGGAAAACUUGGGGGUUUGCAUCCUGGAGGACCCCCUGGUGGUACCCCAGACCCUCUGCCCCACCUUGGCCACCACCACCCCCAUCUUCAUCCAAACCCAGUUGCCCCCGGGCUCUUCCCUCCUCUGUUUCGCUCCGGGCUCGGAGCCGGUGGCCACCUCGGCCCUGGGCAACCAGCCCUUCUUGAACGAUGGCCCCCUCCUCUAUUACCAGCUGGAGCAGCGGCCCCCAGGGGGGGGCUCCUCCAAAGGCGACACUGGCCCCCCCGAACCCCCCCCGCCUUCCUCCUCUUCCUCCUCCUCCCUGGGGGGCAAGGACCUCACCAGCCCCCUCGGCCCCGUG